AUGACCCCCAGUCAAUCUCCAAGUCCUAUUUGUGCUGCCAACAAUACUAUAACGGACAUGACUAUGGAAGAGGCAUCGUCUACCUCUCCCACCCAUAUUCUCUCGCAUAGCGAACUUGAAAUUACAUCACGUGACUCACAAGAAAAUGAUAUUCACACGCAAACACCAAUCACUGAAAAUUUGACUUUUAUGGAUGAAGAUCCCAAAGAAAUCAAUACAAAUAAAGGAAAAUCUCCUGAAGUACAAACAGCCACACAAACAAAUCCCCCAAAAAGUAUAGAAAUCACCGUGCUCAAUGAUAUUUUCAACAAUACAACACAAGUCAGUUACAAAGCACACAAAGGAUUUAUUCCUAGAGACAGUUUUAAACCCAAUCUCACAAACAACGAAAUCAUCAACCUACUAAAAACGUCAUUUUUAAAUGACAGCAAUGCUUACAAAUUUGAAGUCAACACAACCUCCACUUAUAGAUAUUUCACUAUUUUCUUUAAAACACGUGACUCACUCAAUCAAUACAUUGAGAACAGUCCAGAAAACCUUAAACCCAUUAAAAUUUACGAACUUACCAACACUGCAAUUAAUGUUUUAAUCGAAAGAAAACUUUCAACUAUGGAUCAGGCUGUCAUUAAAAUUAUGGAUAUACCAUACAAUUAUGACACAUCCAUGCUUAUCAAACACCUCGCGCUCAAAACCAAUAGCAAUGUCAUUGAUCACAAAGAAAUCAAAAAACCCCCAAGAAAAAUACCUAACCGAAAUAAUCAUGGACGCCUUUUUUUAAUUAAACCUGCAUACAAACAACUUAUUGUACAAUUUGACAAAAAAUCAGCAUAUGACUACUUCAUGAAAGAAAAUUACUGGUGCCUAGAAAUAGAAAAUUUCGUGAUAAGAAUUCUUCCAGGAAACCAAAAUGACGCAGAAUUCAAAAAGCGCACCAGCAAAUAUUAUAAAAUUACUGGACUACCACUUAAUACGACCCAUAUGGAUUUAAACCCUCUUAUUAAACAUAUUUAUGGACGCACCUGUACCUUCACACAAACCACUAAAUCGUCAACCAUGAAAAACGCAUACGUUUACGUCUCUCCAGACAACUAUCCAGAGGAUGCGACAGGUGGAGCAUCCCUAGAUUUCGAAGGACACAAAAUUUAUACCAUGCCAGGACAUUUGGCUGGUAAAACAUGCAACAUCUGCGGAUCACCGCUACACGCUACUAACGCAUGUGAUGACAAAAAUUUCAGAACAGAUAACAAUAACCGAAAAUUCUUUAAUAAAAGAUUUAUUGACCGAAAAGAAGAAAAAAUCACAAUUAACGAAACACAUAAGAAUAGAUACAACCAUAUCAUUACUCUCAACUCCAACAAAAAAAAUCAACAAUCAAAGUCCCCACAUAAUGACUAUACACGACCACAAUCUACAGAUCAAAACACAACUCCACGCUCUGAAGUAACAGCAAGACUCGAGAAAUACGACACAAUCAUUAAACAACUCUCCACUAAUAUCACCUUAUUGAGCCAAAAAGAAAUAGCAUCAGCCUCUUCAUCACUUCCACCGCGUCCCCAUAAACCAUCAAAGAGAAACACGCCCUACGAAAAGACCUCUUAUGAGGCCACAAAAUUAAAAUAUAACCUGAGAGGCAAUAAACAAUCAAGAACAUCGGCGGAAGAGAGUGAAACCUGCCCCGCCACCGAAGAAGAUACAGAUGUUCCAGAAGAAUCCAUUAUGUCGGAUGGAGCUGUCUUCAAAGACAUCAUCACACGACACGAGAAUAUACCACCCCAUGAUAACAACUUCACAGUCAGAUCUAAACAUGGGUAUCGAAACCGAAACCUCCCGAAACUCUUUAGGUUUCGAUAUAUACGAAACAUAGUUUCGGAAAUGCAUUUAUUUUUCUGA